AUGAACAAGGGUAAGAUUUUUAAGCUAGCAAAGGGGUUCCGUGGAAGGGCGAAGAAUUGGAUAAGAAUAGCAAGAGAGAGGGUGGAAAAGGCAUUGCAAUAUUUCUAUCGAGAUUUUCGAAACAAGAAGCGAGACAUGCGUUCUCUCUGGAUCCAACGGAUAAACGCUGGCACUCGCCAACAUGGGAGAGAAAUUGAAAGGGUAAAGGAUGAACUGAAAAAAGAAUUUGAGAUGAAAGAUUUGGGUGCUGCAAAACUAAUUUUGGGCUGUCUAGAAAUUAGAAAAUCACUUACAGGUUAUGUUUUGGCAGUUUUCGGUAUAGCUAUUAGCUGGAAAGCCAAUUUGCAAAAGAUGGUUGCUUUAUCUACUAUAGAAGCUGAACAUAUAGCUUUAACAGAAGUUGUCAAGGAAGCUAUAUGGCUGUUUUUAGAAACUUUUCCUUGUAAUUCAGUAAAAAAAUCUGUAUCUGAGAUAAGAGAGAUUUGUACUGAAAGAAGAAGGAAGUUCUAA